AUGGUUUCUCUUGUAGGACUACUACUCCAUCCAGAAUACGUAGCAUCAAGCCACUUCGUGGCCAUGGUGGCAGGCCACCACCACGAUAAUGAACACCACCACAGUGCAAUGUGGUGUUGUGGAAUGUGGUCAUUGCCACAAUUAAGAACCGUCUCAUCCCACAACAAAAGGGGAAAGCAAUCGAGAGGAGAAACGGAGCAACCAUAUUGCCUCACCUUCGAUGCUUUAAUCAUCUUCGAGCCUGUCACCGCCUUCAGCUCCUGCGCUUCUUCUAUCUCAGAAGGAAGGUGCGAAGGUGGGGAAUCAAAAAGGGGUUGCCGCCUCCGAUGUUUGCUCCGAGGAAACACCCACUUCGGUGGUGGGUUCAGGCCAUGGAACGAAGAAGAAAUGGAGGAUGAAUGGGGGAAAGGCAACAACGAUCGCAACAGUCUUCAGGGGGAGUUCAGUGACUACGAUCGACAGGUAAAAGGGUGGAGCAACAAGGGGCUGUUGCCUCGAACCAGUCUCUGUUUUCCGAGCUCCAAGACGAGUCACACAUUUCAUAACAGGAAACGAAGGAGAAGACAGGCGAAGUAG